UUUGGCUUUUCCAUUUCCUUUUUCCUUUCACACGCGUUACAUAUUCUCUGCCGACCACAGCUAAUUCUCUCCACAAAUACGCAUAUAGCAUUCAUAGCUACAAUAUACAGUAAGAAGAUUUGAUUGAACUCGAUCGGAGGUUUUGGAAGAUCAAGAUGCAGAGAGCAACACUGAUUCAGAGGUUUUCUAACACCUUCCGCGGCAAUUCUAAGCUUUCUAAGCUGCUCAUUGUUGUUACAGUCAGUGGUGGAAGUCUUGUGGCAUACUCUGAAGCAACAAAGCCAUAUCAGGGUGCUGACAUUGGUGAUCUGGGUGAUGCCAAUAGCAAGAGAAAGAAAGUGGUGGUACUUGGAACUGGUUGGGCUGCAACUAGUUUCUUGAAAAAUCUGAAGGAUCCUUCAUAUGAUGUCCAGGUGAUAUCACCCAGAAAUUACUUUGCAUUUACUCCUUUGCUGCCAAGUGUAACAUCUGGCACAGUUGAAGGCCGCAGCAUUGUUGAACCAAUUCGAAACAUUAUCAGAGGGAAAAAUGUGCAUAUGCAUUACUCUGAAGCUGAAUGUGUGAAGAUUGAUGCAAAAAACAAAAAAGUUUAUUGUCGAACUAAUCUGAGCAACGAAGAGAAGGAAGAAUUUGCUGUUGAUUAUGAUUACCUUGUGGUUGGUGUUGGAGCUCGUGUGAAUACAUUCAACAUUCCCGGUGUAGUAGAGAAUACCUAUUUCUUGAAGGAAGUGGAAGAUGCCCAGAGAAUCCGAAGGGCUGUUAUAGACUGUUUUGAGAAAGCCAGUCUGCCUAACCUCAGUGAUGAAGAGAAGCAAAGAAUGCUUCAUUUUGUUAUUGUUGGUGGCGGCCCAACUGGUGUUGAAUUUGCAGCACAGCUCCAUGAUUUUGUGAGUGAUGAAGUAGUUAGAUUAUACCCAAAGGCUAAGGAUUUUGUGAAGAUAACACUUGUUGAAGCAACAGAUCACGUUUUGAAUAUGUUUGACAAAAGAAUCACAGCUUUUGCUGAAGAGAAGUUCAAGAGAGAUGGAAUUGAUGUGAAGACAGGGUCAAUGGUUGUGAAGGUAUCAGAUAGCGAAAUUUCUACUAAAGAUGCAAAACGCGGGGAGGUAACGUCUACACCUUAUGGAAUGGUUGUAUGGUCUACUGGCAUCGGGAUUCGUCCUGUGAUAAUGGAUUUUAUGAGGGAGAUUGGUCAGGGCAAUAGGCGAGUACUUGCAACAGAUGAAUGGCUAAGGGUUGAAGGAUGUGACAAUGUAUAUGCAAUAGGGGACACUGCCACUAUCAAUCGACGCAAAGUUAUGGAGGAUAUUGCGGCUAUAUUUCGUAAGGCAGAUAAGGACAGCUCUGGAACAUUAACAGUUAAAGAAUGUCAAGAAGUCCUUGCUGAUGUGUGUGAAAGAUACCCUCAAAUGGAGCUCUACUUGAAGAGCAAACAGAUGAGAAGUCUGGUUGAUUUGGUGAAAGAAGGAAAAGGGGGUGAUGUUAAAGAACCUGUUGAGGUUGAUAUUGAAGAGUUCAAAUCAGCUCUCUCCAAAGUGGAUACUCAGAUGAAGAAUCUCCCUGCCACGGCUCAGGUUGCAUCUCAACAAGGCGUUUAUCUUGCAAAUUGCUUUAACCGUAUGGAAGAGUGCGUAAAGAAUCCAGAGGGUCCAAUCCGGUUUAGGGGAGAAGGGCGCCAUCGCUUCCAUCCCUUCAGAUACAAACACUUUGGACAAUUUGCACCUCUGGGAGGAGAGCAAACAGCAGCACAGCUUCCUGGAGACUGGGUUUCAAUCGGCUAUGGAACACAAUGGCUUUGGUAUUCUGUCUAUGCCAGCAAGCAAGUUAGCUGGCGUACAAGAGCGUUGGUGGUGUCUGACUGGAUGAGAAGAUUCAUUUUCGGGAGAGACUCCAGCCAACUCUGAGUGAGCUCUUAUACACACAUCUUAUAUACUCUGAUGAGAGUUGAGGCAUUUUUUCACUUACUAAAACUCAGAAAUUCUUUAGUGUCAUUUUUCCUCGUUCAAUUCUUUUAAGAAACUCGAAAAAAUUUUGCAGCUGAUUAGCUCUGUCAAGAACAGAUUUGGUUUCCAGUUUUGAGUUUUCAAUCAAUAGUCAAGAAACAGGGAAAUUACUAACAGUUUUGCUCUUCAUUUUUCUUUCUCUCAAUAUGUUGUCUUUCUAUGCAGAAUGUUAACUACUUGCUGUAUGUAAAUUGUGCUUAAAUCUUAUAAAUAGGAAGUCAAAUGAUCAUUUAUAACAGCAUCAUUAAAUGUUUGGUAGGCAAAUGAAAAUGCUAGUUAGGUUUCUUAGCUAAGCAGAACAUAGAACGAUGAAUUGGGAUGGAUAAAAAACAGAAAUUGCACUGAUAUUAAGGCAUGAUUCUGAGAUUGUCUGCUCCUUUCUCCCCUAACUGUUUUAUAUAAUUCCUCCAAUCGACUGGUCCUUCGAAUAGAUCGUCCAGUCCAAUCACAAUGUCUGGCCGUUCCUCAACCAAUUUCUCCAUGUUCAAACCAUCGUAUGUUUCCAGUCUUGUGAUGUCUUGUUCUUCUGGGGUUUUGCCAUUUGGAUCAUCGAUCUCGUUCCUGAUAUUCUCAUUGAUUUCUUUCUCUUGCAUGACUCCACUGCUAUCCAGCUCACAUAUACUCUCAAGAAGAGAUUCUGCCAUGAUCUUUGGCAGUUGUCUCCUCUUACCCCCAAGACUCGGGGCAUUCUUUAUCAUCCCGAGCAGCUCUUUUGCCAAAA